CCAAAAGAUUCCAGCCGAGACAAAACCCUUCUCACGGGCUCUGGCUUUCUCUCGCACACUAAACCUUCACGCUGAGCUUUUGGGCUUUUUCUUUCCGCAAGAGUUCAGAACACUUGCUUUUUCAGAUGCAUUGACAGAUUUCAAAGUACUGUAAGAGUCCAGGCCUGAGUUAUUCUGAUCCAUCUCUCUCGCAUGGACAAGAUAUCAUUUGCUCUUGUUUAAGCUUCUCUGCGUGUCGUAAUGGAGUAGCAGAGAUCGUCCUGACGCUCGAACCGAAGUGAAGUCUUGUUAAACCGGCUCAAUGAUUUCUCCAAUGGACGUCAUUCUCAACCUGAUAACGCCAGACUCCUCGCCAUCCACCUCCCCGACCAACACCAUCGAGAGGCUGGAGGGCGGCCUCUCCCCGGCGGGGUCGUACGGGGCCGACGGCUCAGUGCUGGGGCCCGAGGACGCCGGUCUGGACCCCCAGCGCACACGCCAGGCCAUCGCUCAGCUGCAGCAGAAGAUCCUGAAGCUCACAGAGACGCUGCGCAUCGAGCAGGCGUCCCGGGACGACAACGUGGCCGAGUACCUCAAGCUCGCCAGCAAUGCCAACGACAAGCAGCAGAGCGCCCGCAUCAAGCAGGUGUUUGAGAAGAAGAACCAGAAGUCGGCGGCGAGCAUCGCGCAGCUUCAGCGUAAGCUCGAGCAUUACCACCGCCGCCUGCGCGAGGCGGAGCACACCGGCGUGCAGCGGCAGCCCAAAGAUGUCCUGCGGGACAUGCAGCAGGGCCUGCGGGACGUGGGCGCCCGGGUCAUCACGGGCCUCAGCGAGGGAGUGGUCGACAGCGUGAAGGGAGGCCUGUCCAGUUUCUCCCACGCCACACACUCUGCCGCCGGAGCCGUGGCCUCCAAACCCCGCGAGAUCGCGUCACUGAUCCGCCACCGGUUCGGGAGCGUGGAUAACAUCAGCGUCCUCGAGGACGGCGUGACCGAACCCGAGCGCUCUCUGGGAUCCGGCGCGGAGCUCCUGCAGAAGUUCGGGAGUGACGAGGACUGUUCGAGCGCUGCCUCGAGUGUGACGGGAGCCCCCGGAGGUCCUCCGAGCUCCAGAGGGAACACACUGGAGAGGGGCCGCGGCUGGGACGUGCUUCUGCAGGAGGUGCAGGAGCUGCGGGACACUCAGGCUCGGCUGGAGGAGACCCUGGACAAGCUGAAGAGCGGGUGCUUGAAGGAGUGUACGCUGAUGAUGCAGGCGCUGCAGGAGGAGAGGUUCAGAUGUGAGCGUGUGGAGGAGCAGGUGAACGAUCUUACGGAGCUCCACCAGAACGAGAUCCUGAACCUGAAGCAAGAGUUGGCCAGCCUAGAGGAGAAGAUGGUGUAUCAGUCCAACGAGAGAGCCCGUGACCUUCAGUGUGUGUGUGUGUGUGUGUGUGUGUGUUCAGCGUACGGGCAGAACACCAACUAUAAAUGCAUUCUGUCUCGCACUAGCUGGUAGAUGAGGACCGGCACA